GAAUGGUCAGUAACAACCACACAGAUGAACCCACUCACACACUCAAUUCUUCAAGAAAAACUUCUAGCACCACAGUUUUAGUUUCAACAUUCUCUAGCCAACUUCAUUUUCAUGCCAGACUGCUAAAUUCACCUGGAAUUAGUUAUAAAGACAAGGAGUCUGGUUGCUGUUCUUCCAUGGAGUUCCCAUUUUAUCAUGGAAACAUAACAAGAAAAACCUGUGAAGAAUUACUAAGCAAGAAAGGCAAGGAUGGCAGCUUUUUAUUACGAGACAGCGAGAGCAUGACAGGAGCCUUGUGUCUUUGUGUUUUCUUUAAACAGCUCAUCUACACUUAUCGAAUCUUCAGGGAAUGUGAAGGUUACUUUAGGAUUCAGACUUCUGAAGAUACUCCAAAACAGGUCUUCAAAACGAUAAAUGAUUUGAUAUACACAUAUGAAAAGCCAAAUCAAGGACUUGUCAUCAACCUUCGCUACCCAGUAAGGAGACUGAAGUCCUCAAGGAAAUCCAGCGUAGAGAUGGAUAAAGUUUAUGAUGAAAUUGAAGAUAGAGAUUAUGUUGAUGUCUUACCUUAAAUCAUCUGGGACCUGGUUUUUGUCAGAGGCAACCUCUUACCCUGCCCCCCAUCUCAGCAGAUCAAUGUAAAAAGCUUGCUCUCAGAACCUGUCCUUG